AUGGCAUCACUCCCUCGCCUCCCAGCUCCUCGACGGGCCCUCUCCACCAUCCAAUCCAUCCGCCCAAUGCGCCCCUUCCACACAGUCCACCACCGACCAUCGACAUCUCCAUCACUCACCAACCAACCCUUCAAGACCACACCACCACCACCACCACCAACAACAACCCCUUCAAUCCACAUUCGCGCCUACCACUCCCCCUUACACCCCCGCCUCCCACCCCACGAAUACACAAACAGCCAAACCGCCAUCCUGACCGCCUCCCUCCCACACAUCCCAACCCACGGCUUCACGACUGCGGCAUUAACCCGCGGUGCCCAGGACGCGGGUUUCCUGGAUGUCUCGGUGCAACUGCUCCCGAGGGGUGAAUUCGACCUUAUCCUGUUCUGGCUGGCGAGUCGGAGGGGUCUGCUGAGAGGCAGGGUUGAAGACGGUAGUAUCUUCGGGGCCGGAGAGGGUUUAAGCGUGGACGAGAAGGUCAAGCUCCUAGUUUUGGAAAGACUGAGGAUGAAUGGAGAAAUCAGGGAAGUUUGGCAGGAUGCCCUCGCCCAAAUGUCCCUGCUCGGAAAUAUCCCCCUCUCCCUCCUCGAGCUCCACGCCCUGUCGAACGAUAUCCUCACUUUGGCCGGUGACGCCGCCGUCGAUGCAACAUGGUAUGCGCGCCGUAUGGCGCUGGGAGCUAUCUAUGCCAGUGCCGAGGUCGUUAUGACGCGUGACCCGAGUCCGGAUCUGGUCGAGACGGAGGCGUUUGUGGAGAGGAGGUUUGCGGAUAAGGAGGUGUUGAGGGAGAAGGUCGAGGGGGUGAGUUCUUGGGUUGGGUUUUGGGGAAAUACGGCCGUUGGGGUUGGGAGGAGUUGGGGGUUGAAGAUUUGA